AUUGGUUAUAUGUGGCAAUAUGGAUACAGUACGCUGAAUAGCAGAAGAAUAGGAAGAGGUGUCCCGUUUAAAACGAUAAUAAUUGUCGUCGAGGCUAUAUUCUAAACAUUGUAAAGCGCGCUACUUUUUUCUGAAAACUUAAUAUGUUCUGGUAAAUUAUGUGUAAUAUGAAUUCUAAGCUUCUCGAUGGCUGAAAAUGAAGAAAAUAAGAGGCCUAUGGUUGCUGCUGCCCAGAAGGGGCCGGCGCCGAACGCUUACGGGCUGCCGCCGCUGGUGGGCUACGACAACCAUGACGUCACCAAACAUCGGAUGCCCGCAUACACCAUGCGGAAGGCGCUGAAGAGGGCGGUGUGGCGCCUGGGUCCAGGGCCCAAGUACGCCUUCCAGAGGAACCUCACACGCUACGGGCCCAACGGCACGCCGCAGUACUCCAUGGCCAAAAAGAUACGCCCACUGCCGCGCCUCAACGUGCCGGGCCCCCCCGCCUACCUGACGGAGGAGGUGCCGCCGAUGCGGACGGACCGCGCGCCGGCCUACAGCCUGGGCGACCGCACCAAGCUGCGCAGCGAGGACUUCAACCCGGCGCCCAACGUUUACGUCUUGCCCGAAUACCUGGGGCCCAGCCAGCCAAUCAAGACGUCGGCACCCGCCUACACCAUGGCGAGCCGCGCCAAGCCGCUGCGGCCAGACAUCGGGCCCGGACCCGCGCGCUACCCGGCCGUCGACAUGUCCGUGUCCCGCAAGCGGCCGCCCGUCUACAGCGUCGUGGGCCGCAACUACCCGCCGGGCGACCGGGGCAUGAACCCGGGACCCGGCGCCUACCUGCCCGAGUACAACCGCGCCAAGAACCCGCCCAGCUUCUCGUUCGGCGUCAAGCACUCUCCCUAUAAGCGCACCCCCAUGGUCGAGGCCGACAACGAAGUCUGAUCAAUAAUUCACCCUGCUGCAAAUCACGAUGGCCUAUCUCUGUUCAUUUCAUUCUGGGAGUGUGUUUACACUAAACUUGAUCACACAACGGAUCCCAACAA